ACGGUGGUGCGCCUGGUGCUACUGGCGGUCAACAACAAGACCAACAGAUGGGUCAACCCAUUGAGAAUGCUGCCGGCCAGUUCCAAGGCGGCAACAUGGGUCCUCCUAAUGCCGGUCCUAGCGCUGAGCAGGGCGACGGCUCCAAGACCACUCUCUGGUAGGUCAAUCAUGACAAUGACCUCAUAACUCGGACUUGCAUACAACUGGAAGAAGAUGAAGAAGAAGAAAUCAGCACUAACUGGUGUACAUCAGGAUGGGAGAGCUUGAGCCUUGGAUUGACGAAGGCUUUAUCCGCAGUGUCUGGUAUAACAUGGGUGAAACAGUCAACGUCAAGAUGAUUCGCGACAAGUUCUCUGGUGACAGCAACAACGCUGGCUACUGCUUCAUCGACUUCGCCUCCUCCCAAGCUGCAGCAAAGGCUCUCGGUCUGAAUGGCCAGCUCAUGCCCAACACCAACCGUCCUUUCAAGCUCAACUGGGCCUCUGGUGGUGGCUUGACGGACCGCAAUCGCGAUGAUCGUGGCCCUGAGUAUUCCAUCUUUGUUGGUGAUCUCGGCCCCGAAGUCAACGAGUACGUUCUGGUCUCGCUCUUCCAAGGCAAAUAUACCACUGUCAAGUCUGCCAAGAUCAUGUCCGAUCCCAUCAGCGGUCUCUCGCGUGGCUACGGCUUCGUCCGCUUCGGUGACGAAACCGAUCAGCAGCGCGCCCUCACCGAGAUGCAAGGCGUCUACUGUGGUAACCGCCCAAUGAGAAUCUCCACGGCCACGCCCAAGAACAAGAACGGCGGUCCCGGCGGUCCUGGCAUGGGUAUGCCCCAAGGUGGCCCAGGUCCUAUGGGCAUGUACGGCAUGCAACAAGGUCCCCCGAUGAGUGCUGGCUUCUACGGUCAGCCUCAGCAGCCCAUGAACCAGUUCACUGAUCCAAACAACACCACCGUCUUUGUUGGCGGCCUCUCCGGAUACGUCACUGAAGAUGAACUGCGCUCCUUCUUCCAGGGCUUCGGAGAGAUCACCUAUGUCAAGAUCCCCCCCGGCAAGGGCUGUGGUUUCGUUCAGUUCGUCCAGCGCCACGCUGCCGAGAUGGCCAUCAACCAGAUGCAAGGCUAUCCCAUUGGUAACUCGCGCGUCCGUCUGAGCUGGGGUCGCAGCCAGAACAACUCUGGCCCAGCCGGUACUCCAUACCGUCCCGCGCCCCCACCGCCAGUCUUCCCCAACAUGGGCAUGCCUCCCUCGCACCCAUACGGCAACUUUGCGCCAAUGAAGGUAAGCCCGCACGACCACAACUUCAACGGCCAUCAGCACCAACUAAACGACUACCAGUAAUCUCCCUUUUGUUCCAUCAUGUUGACGGAGUUGCGACCUUGAGCGAUCAUUUCGAGGGUUUUCCCAUAAUCUUACGGCUUCAUCGGAGUUCGAACUUGACCUUGCAUGGCAACGUAAUGACUAUUCCCUGAAGUGACGGCUCGACACGACACGAUACAUUUGCGGUGGUUCUUCAAAAAAGUUGAUCUCCUUCUUUUCCUCCCCCUUUUCUUCGCAAACCAGUCUUUCCCUGCACCACGAUUUCCCCCUCUCUUUUUCUUUCCUUUUUACACAACACUUAGCGUGGGCGGCCUAGAGAAAACCUUCCACCUUCACACACAACCCUUGUACAACACUGGCUCAGCUGGAAAUCGCUACUGGUUCCUUUUGUUUUUGUUGUAAAGCGCGUUC